GUUAUCGGGAAGACAGCGCAUGGGACAAGCCAAGGGGAGGCGCCGGUGUCCUCUUCCCGUUCGUCAGGUCGAGCGUCAGCUAUGAGCUUUUCCAUUGAUGACGUGUACUCCUUACCGACCUACCCACCUGCGCCGACGCCGGCCAUCUCUCAAAUUGGGUAUCCUGACGGCGGCAGGCGGCAUGUGGAACAGAAAACUCCCGGAGCAACACAAGAGAAAUCAAAGCAUCACUCUGUUUUCUCACGCCCGCGUCUCCCUCCCCCAAACCAUCCCCUCCCUGUUGGCUUUGCUUGGUGCACGCGUUGCGCCGUAAUGGCUGCUCUGGAGGAGCUGAAGCAGAGGCUGCAGCCCAUCUUCUUCGACGCCGACGGCAAUGUUGUGCCGCCCCCUGACUCCGCUGACGCGGCGUCCGAAGACACCUGCGACUGUGACGACCCUGAGGUUUUGGAUGGUGCAACUAUCAAUUUACUGAGUAAAUCUUCUGAUGAAUAUAACAUCAAUGAGCUUGGCUUCCAUAAACGAACAACUAGACAAGACAAGGCAUACCGAUGCUCUUUUCAUGAUAUGCAUAUUUUUGAUCCGGUCGGUAAUGGUGCAAGCAGUGUCGUCCAUAGAGCUAUUUAUGUACCAGUUCAUCGAGUUUUGGCACUGAAGAAGAUAAACAUUUUUGAGAAGGAAAAGAGACAACAGAUUCUUAAUGAGAUUACAACGUUAACAGAAGCAUCUUGUUAUCCAGGUUUAGUUGAAUUCCAAGGAGUUUUUUAUGCCCCUGAUUCUGGAGAAAUAUACUUCGCUCUUGAGUAUAUGGAUGGUGGUUCAUUAGCAGAUAUUAUCAGGGUUAAGAAAUUUAUACCGGAACCAGUUCUUUCGCAUAUGCUACAGAAAGUGUUGCUAGCUCUGCGCUACUUGCAUGAAGUGAGGCGCUUAGUACACAGAGAUAUAAAGCCAGCAAAUUUGCUGCUAAAUCUGAAGGGUGACACCAAAAUCACAGACUUUGGUGUAACUGCUGGACUGCAUGAUUCAAUUACCAAGUGUGCUACCUUCCUGGGCAGUGUCACAUAUAUGUCCCCUGAGAGAAUUCGGAACGAAAACUACUCAUAUGCUGCUGAUAUCUGGAGCCUUGGCUUAACAACGUUGGAGUGUGCAACCGGAAGAUACCCCUAUGAUGUAAGUGGGGGCGAGGCUGAUCUCAUGCUUCAGAUAUUGGAAGAUCCAUCGCCAACACCACCACGAGAUAUUUAUUCAGAAGAGUUUUGCUCGUUCAUUGAUGCUUGCUUGCAGAAAGAUGCUGACGCAAGGCCAACAUGUGAUCAGCUUUUGUCUCAUUCCUUCAUCAAGAAAUAUGAGGGACCAGGCGUGGACUUGGCAGAGUACAAUAAAAGUGUUCAUGAUCCAUCAGAAAGAUUAUCACAGAUAGCACAUAUGCUUGCUGUACAUUACUACCUGAUCUUUGAUGGAGGCGAUGAUCAAUGGCGUCACAUGAAGUCAUUCUAUGAACGAUAUUCUGUUUUCAGUUUCUCAGGGGAAACACAUGUCGGUAAGAACGAAAUAUUUGAUACGUUGUCAAGAAUAAGGACAAUGCUGAAAGGUAACAGCCCUUGCGAGAAGAUUGCUCAUGUAGUGGAGAAGGUUUACUGUCGUGCACAUGGGGAAGAAGGGAUGAGUGUUCAAGUUUCUGGAUCAUUUAUUGUGGGGAACGAGUUCCUCGUGUGUGCAGAUGGGUUCCGUGCUGAAGGUAUGCUAAGCAUGGAGGAACUCUCUCCUGACAUUCUCAGCAACCAGGCUGGCCAUUUCCAAGAAGAUUUUUUCCUUGAGCCAGGGACUGCCAUGGGAUGCUACAUCAUAGCAAAGCAAGAAUUGCAAAUCGCUGAAACAUGAAGUCAUUCACCUUUUUGUGAAAAUAAUCUUUUAACUAGCAUAUGAACACUGAGGUAUUGGAAUCUAUUCAGUUAAGGCUCAAGAUGUAAUACCAGCUACCGCCUCUCGACAUCAUCCAUGGAGUAUUCAAAUUGAGCCACUGAGUCGCUGACUUCAGUUGAGGCUUAUUCACAUUUAACAAAGCACUUAAGCUUGUAAGUGGUGGAGAAGGUUUUUAUCAGGACACAAACAGCUCACUCUCAAAACGGGAAACUGUAUCUCUGAAGAAUCAACAGCAGCAACAAAAAAGAAAGCCCCUUAGCAGAUCAUUUCGCUUGAUGUAACAGAUACGGUUAAUGAAGAUUAGAUCCAACGGCUUAGAUUCAGUUUUUGUUUUGUGGCUUUUACCGCCAGCUGCUCUUUCUCCGGCUGUGGUCAUUUUCAAGUUCAUCAUCUCAUUAUUUUAUCUUCAGUGACUUGGUUGCCUUUAUAAAGCCAUGUAAUGGGUGUGGAACACUCGGACUUUAGUAAUCCCAAUAAACCCAAGCCACCA